GACUAGAAUUGCAACUCGCAUGCUUAGAGACUCUAGUGGUUUUUGCAAACGCUUCACACGCAAAAAAUUUAAGGGUUGUAGCUUAAUAAGGUGUUCCCCCUGUUGCUGUUUGUUAUGGCUCUCCUAAGGGUGGAGACUGGCAUAACAAACGGGAUAAACGAACACCAAAAGCCUACCUCUAACAAAUGCAGCAAGUCCAAGCUCACAGCUACAAUCUUCCACAUCUCCACCUUCGAGUCCGACGCAACCAAUUUUCCCGUUGUCUCUCUUGGAUUUGUGUCGAACCUUUUCUGGCGAAAAAUUCCUAGGUUGUCUGCAUUUCCUAC